AUGACACCUGAUCAAAGUGAACAGAAAGACGCCACGGCAACUACAUCGCAAAGACCAGUCACUGCUUCUCGUCACGAUGAUGAAACCAACCAACAGCAUCAGCCGCAUCAAUACCCUGACCCACUAAGGUUGUCUGCUAUUGUAUUUUCACAAUGCAUGGCAGUGUUUCUCUGCGGUUUGGAUCAAACCAUUAUUGCGACAGCCGUACCAAAAAUAUCCGAUGAUUUUCAUGCACUUGGCGAUGUCGGGUGGUGGACAUCCGCCUACCUGCUUACCACUGCAACAUUUCAACUCUUUUACGGGAAGAUGUAUAGUCUUGCACCAGUGAAAUAUGUAUACCUCGGCGCUUUGUUAGUGUUCAAUAUUGGCUCGCUCAUAUGUGCAACGGCACCUAAUUCUAUUGCUCUCAUUCUUGGGAGAGCUAUCGCAGGAGUCGGCGCCGCUGGACUUAUGUCAGGAGCAGUUUUGAUUCUGGCACAAUCUGCACCAUUAGAAAAGCGAGCAGGUCUUCUCGGCCUUGUUACUGGGAUGUUUGGGUUGGCCAGUGUCGCUGGACCCUUUAUUGGUGGAGCGCUUGCUGAUAAAAGUACCUGGCGAUGGUGUUUCGCGAUCAAUCUUCCCCUCGGGGUUCUUACUAUGGUUGCCGUGGCGUUUUUUGUGGCCAAGAUUUCCAGUCCAAGUACAGCAGGCUUUUCUGCUAAAGAAAAAUUGAAACGAUUUAACCUUCCUGGGAUGAUCAUGGUUCUUGCGUGCUUGGUAUGCCUCAUUCUAGCACUGCAACUGGGAGGCUCGAAGGACCCUUGGAACAGUGCUCGCGUUAUUGCGCUCCUUGUUGUGUUUGGGGUUCUUUUCCUAGUUUUUCUCUGCAUGGAGAGAUGGCUGAAGGGAUCCCAGACUGUAUCAACCGCAAUCGUUAAGAGUAGAAGUCUGUGGUUUGCAGGAUUAUUCGCUGCAUGUUCAUCUGCAGCAAUGUUCGUCGCCGUUACAUAUCUCCCAAUAUACUUUCAAGCUAUCCGGCACGCAUCCGCGCUCAGAUCAGGUGUGAUGCUCACUCCACUUAUUCUUGCCUUCAUUGUUAUGUCUGCUCUUGCGGGAGCUCUCACGAACAUGAUCGGCUAUACAAACCCAGCGAUGAUCACAGGAGCUGUACUGACAUCAAUUGGUUCCGGCCUCCUCACCACAUUUGAUGUUAAUACAAGUUCAUCACAAUGGAUUGGAUAUCAAGUCCUCUUCGGGUUUGGCAUAGGAUGUAGCCUACAGCAACCUAUGUUGGUCGUCCAGGCGGUGUUACCCGGUGAAGAUGUCCCAUUUGGUGUGGCCUUGAUAAGUCUCUUUCAAAUGGUUGGUGGUGCAAUAUUCGUGGCGGUAUCGCAAAGUGUCUUCCAAAAUGGGUUGGUGGAUAUACACACAGUGUUUCCGAAUGUCGAGACGAGUACUCUACUGCAGACUGGUGCAACUAAUAUUCCGAUGUUGUUUGAUCAAAGCCAACUCCCACGUGUGUUAGAGAUAUAUAGCAAUGCUGUUGUUAACACAUUCUAUGUCGCCCUGGCAUUAAGUUGUACAUCUAUCAUCGGGGCUCUAGGAACAGAAUGGAAAUCGAUGAAAGAAGCUCCCGCGGAUGAUGGAUUGGGGAAGAACUCUGAAUCAUUGGAAAAGCCAUCGGAAUGA